AUGGCACCAUCUACACAAGAUCCCUCUCAUGGCAACAAUGCAAGACCCGAUCAUUCUUCUCCUUCUUCAAACUCUACGAGUACAGUGGGAUCCAAAGAGAAACGGACUACUGCCACGAAAUCCGAUGAACCUUCGUCCUCGAUACUCUCGUCUUUCCACAAAGUCUUUGUUAACGGCGUCCCGCUGGCAGACUAUGUCAAAGAAGAUCCUCAUUGGAACCUUCUGCUCGAUAUUGCUACUCCAUGUAUGGAGUGUGAACACAAGCGUAUCGAGUGCACCGUUCCAGCAAAGUACCCCCGUUGCGAGCCCUGCGGCAGCAGUAACUGUAGUAUAUCGCGCCUGGCUCGUCACCGUGCAUUUGCCAGACAACACGGGAAGGACCUGGCCUUCAGUCGGAAAUUCCUGGACGAACAUGGCGCGACAAAGAAGGACAGUUAUACAAUCCCCUUGAACUAUUGGCGGACGUAUGACUCCCUGUUGCGCAAACGGAAUCAUCCACCUGAGAUAUCGGCCGAAUUUCGGAUAUUCGAACAAAACGAAGACCUCACCACGGAGGAAACUUCCCCAGAUCCACACAUCAACGAAUCUUCUGCGCAGCUCUUGUCAAAACCAUCCAAGGAGAAGAAAAAGGUGCCCAAGCGUUUGACGGAAGAAGCUACCCCGAAGGAUACUAAGAAGGGCAAGGGAUGGGCAGAGGAAACCACCGCGAAGAAUACGAAGAAGGGCAAGAAGCGUUCAGCAGAAGAAUCCGUGCCUCCGGAUACGAACAAGGCGAAGAGGCGGUUGACAGAAGAGUCCCUGUCCAAAGAUGACGAGACGGGCAAGGGACGCUCGGCUGAAGAAGCUCUACCUAAGGAUAAUAAGAAGGGCAAGGGCCGUGCGGUAAACGAGUCUAUUCGCAAAGACCAUGACACGGCCAAGCGCCGCUUGGUAGAGACCCCCCCCAUCCCUGCUCGCCUUAGAGCUCAAACCAAGUCGUUGUCACCCUCUGAUCUCCUGGACCUCACCCCCCGCGCACGGUCAAUAUCUCCAUUGCACGAUCGUCCUCUCAAACGUCCCCGUCUUGACCCCAACCUCAAUUCUCGUGAAACCGCACACGACCCCCCCUCUAAGGAUGUGUACUCUUCUCUAUACCGACCAAUGGUGACCCCGAUUAAGAAGUUGGGGUCUACUUCAGCUGAAACUGAGUCUCGUCCAGUCAAAAUUCCAAGCUCAAGUACAAUGAACAUGAACCCGCUCACCUCUAGUCUGCCCCCCAUGCCGCGCCCUAUAAAUCAUCAGCGGUUGCAGACAGAGAACGAAAAGCUGAAGGAACAGACUCAACACUUGGAGAGCCUUCUGGCUAGCAGUCGCCUUGAAAUUUCACGGCUCACAUCUGCCUUGAAAGACACCACGACCUCCUUAGAAACCCGCGCCCAGGAAGUGGUAGAACUACGUAGGACCAUAGACUCUGAGACACAACAAAAAGCGGAAUACAGCCAGGUUAUUGCGGAUUAUCACAACCUGGACCAGGCAAUUAAAGGCCCCUCUUCACUGGACAUCCUUUCUCGGUUCUCUCUCAUUCAAGAUAGUCUUGACACCUUCCAGCGUGAAAGCAAAGAAAGGUCCGAGGAACACAAUAAACUCCAGGAGGAAUGCUCGCUUUCCAAUAAACGCCUUUGUCAAGCACAGCACACCUUGGACGAGAGGAACGCAAUGGCCGCCCGCCAGCAGGUGCUGAUCGAGGAACUCAACGAGACCUUACAGAUUUACAAAAGCAGAGCCUCGGGCGCCGAAUCCCUCAUUCAAACCUAUUAUCAGGAUUCACAAGAUCCUCACAUUCCUGUCUGGCAGGAACUUCAGGAAAAAUUGAAUGAAUCCCAUUCCUUGAAUCGAAGAAUAGCAUCCCAUGCCCACCGCCUUCAUCGAACUGACCCAUCCCGCCUCCUAGAUCUCCACACUAGUUUUGUUCACCAAGUCUUGGAGGGAGCGAUAAAUCUCCUUCGCCGUGGAAACCAGUCUCCCGAAGGCUUAGCCCGUUGGAACAAACUUGCGCUUGAAUUCUUGGAAAGCAACCGACAUACGCUCGCCGAUAUCCACAUUCGGUCCCUCAGUACGCUAACAUAUUUCUUUUCAAACCGGGGCGAUGUUGAAGAUAACCUGCUCUCUGAAAUUCUCGCAAACUCUCGCUUUGAAGACAGUGCGUUGCUGGACGCAGCCCAACACGCUGGGUUUGCAGAUUCACCCCCAGCCGCGAUUGAACCACCACUCUAUCACAGGAUGUUCCCAAUCACAUCUACGCUACCCUCUCUCCCAAUGACCUUGGACGACCAGCUGCCUGCUGUCCCCAAUUUUGACCAACGCAUGGUGCUAUGGGAUCGUUACCUUCAGGUCUAUUUGGAAGCACUCUUGAAUGGAACCCCGCUUGAACCUGUACGUCGUAUUCUCGAUGAUCCCCUUCACGACAAAUCCCAUCCUCCAGCUGUCGAUACGAGCCUGCCCCACGGCGGUGUGGAACCUACCGACGUGGCAUCUGAUGGGUCCUAUGUCAAGAAUUUAUCAACGUCUUGUGGUGGUCCUGUCCCAGGUUCCCCAGAUGAAAACAUAGCCACAGCGUCCAGCAGUUCUGUUUCCAUAGUCGACGGCCCCAUUGAAGAGAAAACUGUUGAUUUAUCUAGUGACAAUGGAAGCCUUUUUACCCCGUAG